CGCGUUGCACGCAUUGUCAGUUCUCCUCAGUUUCGCUCGGAUAUCCGUGGCAACGAGUGACCUUCGUGCCGAUCGAGUUCGCCGAUCAUUCCCCUCUUUCGUCGAGAGAGAAAGAGAGAGAGAGAGAAAGAGAGAGAGAGUGAGGAUUGCCGCGUGUCGAUCGUCAGCGCGAGACCGGCGUUAUCGGGCGUCGCGACGCGCCGGAGACACGCCUGUCGCCGAAAAAAAAGACGCGACUUCUGUGUCCGACCGAACACGCGUUUUCGUCUCGUCGGUUCUUCUAUUUUCUUUCCGAAACGCGAUCGAAAUCUCUCUCUCUCUCUCUUUCUUAAUCCGCGCCGUGUCGACGCGGGUUCUUCUUCGUUACAAAAGUACGCGUGAUAGUCGCAAAUCGCACGGAUCGAAAAGCAAAAAAAAAGACAGUGGAAUUGAAUCGGGAAACCGAAAAGUUGGAAGAAAGAGAGAAUAUACAUGAACAUCCGAUUUUCGCAGAUUUUCGAAUGACACGACGUGCGGCAAUCAAGGAGCGAUUUUAUCGUGGACGCGAUAAGACGACGAGAACCGGAGACAAUAAGAAGGAGAACGGGACAAUGAUCCAAGGGGAUGCACGUAUCACGCCCCGUCGGCGCUUUUCAAUUACGCGAAUCUAGAUCGCGUGGCCGUUAGCGAAUUAAGCGGGCUCUAUGCGGGUCCGAGGAUGUGAAAGAGGAUGCGAAUAACGAUCCGCCUACUGUACGAUGAGAAAUCGGGUCUGGAUCAAAUCUCGAGGCCGGAAUAACGACGUAACGGUGGCAUGGAGCGCGGAAGCGAGGAAAACUGGAAAUCGUCGAUUUAUCCGAUAAACGCGUCUUGACUCUCCUCGGCACGUCGUGUCAAUUUUCGCUUUGUGCGAGAGAGAAAUUCGCGGCCGCGUCCGCGUAUAUAUAUAUAUAUAUAUAUACACUGCCUGUAAAAAAACUCGAUUACUUCAGAAUAGAUCGAGAGAUCGGGAAGACGGGAAUUACACACACGCGCGAGGGCACGCGCGAGAAAAGAAAAAUCGAUCCAGCGCAUCGAAACGCGACUAUGUGAAACAAAAAAAAUGAGGUGUCUAAUCUUGACCCUCGGUCUGCUGGUUUCGGUGCAAGGACCUGUCCGGUGCACGGCCGAUCGCAGGAUACACGAGAAUCGCGCUUCGGAGACGCCCGAUUCUUCAAUACGUGGGAGACCGUACUUCGACGUCUCGGCGUCGCGCAACGUAACGGCUUUGGUCGGCAAAACGGCCACUCUCAAUUGCCGAGUACGGAAUUUGGGCGAUCGCACGGUGUCAUGGGUGAGACAUCGGGAUAUCCAUCUUCUCACCGUGGGCGUCGAAACGUACACCUCGGACCAGAGAUUCGUCGCGUCGCAUUUUCCCCGCACGGAGGACUGGACGUUACAAGUAAAAUACCCUCAGCGACGAGAUUCCGGCACAUACGAGUGUCAAGUGUCUACGACGCCGCCCAUAGGUCACUCCAUGCUCCUCUCUGUUGUCGAGCCUGUGACGAUGAUCAUCGGAGAGCCAGAAAUGUACAUAAACAAGGACAGUACGAUGAACUUGACUUGCAUCGUGCGACACAGUCCCGAACCACCGCUGACCAUUCAUUGGACUCACGAUCAUGAGGUGAUCAAUUAUGACAGUCCGCGAGGCGGGGUAUCGGUUAUCACGGAGAAGGGUGAGGUAACGACGUCGUAUCUUUUAAUUCAGCGUGCUCAACCGGCGGAUAGCGGACAAUACACCUGCCAUCCCAGUAACGCUAACACAAAGACGGUCUUGGUCCACGUACUUAAUGGGGAACAUCCAGCCGCGAUGCAGCACGGCGGCCAGCUAAGAUUAGCCAAUUUACCUUUUGUAAUGAUCUCGACGACGCUUCUGACCUUCUUGAAUCACCCUUAUUAGGAUGUAGAGGCGCUGGACCAUUAUUAUUAUUAUUAUUAUUAUUAUAUAUAUAUAUACACAUAUGUGUGUGUGUGUAUAUAUAUAUAUAUAUAUAUAGUUAGCAAGCGAGAGAUACUUGUUUCAAAUUUCUCUAUUUUUCUUCUUUCUUGGCGUAUACUGAUUGUCUGAUUUUCCUCGAGAAAAGAUAGCGUGACUAUCUAUCGUUGAACCUCGCUCUCUCUUUCUUUCUCUUUUUCAUAUACACAUGUAUGUACAUAUGUGUGUGUAUAUAUAUAUAUAUAUAUACAUAGCGCGCUCGUGUGAAUAGACGAUCGAUAAAAUAAACUGCAAAAGUUCGAGUCUUUUUCCAAUAACGUGAUUUAUGUUACAUUUGUUGUUUGAAUAUAUGCUGUUAUUAAAUGCCUGUUAUUAUAAUCCAUCAUUCUUCGUAAUUUAUUGUUAUCGAGUGGAGUACAACUUACGUAAUUAAUAUGUUCUUUAAUUAUAUAUGUUGAGAGACAAAUUCUGUCUAUAUGUGUGUCGUUAAAAUAUUUCUUACCGCGCGUUUCUCCAAAACGCUUCGUAUGUUGUUCAGAAAGUCAGUAAGAACGCAUCUCUCACAAAAAAUGAUUCGUACAGACGAACGUAAUAAGCAAACAAGAAUCUCAGUAAAACCGUCGCGAAAAAGAAAUGACAAAAUAACAAAAAAAAAAAAAAAAAAAAAAAAA